AUGCAUUAAACAUGCAGAGAGUUACACAAGUUCUUACCACCUUGGGGCACCAUUCAGGGUGCCUUUUUAUCUGAUUAAAUUUAUAAUGAACAGGGACAUUGCGGUUGUCCCAAGUGGAUGGUAUGAUGAUAGGAUGGUUUUCUGGCCCAGCUAUAAAAACACAGACAGAAUUGAAAGGGCCGCUUUAAAUGAGGAGCAGCAUGAGCCAAACUGGCCAAGAUUUGACGUUUCUGUUGUCCGAACUUGUGACAACUACAAAGACGCAUUAAAAAUAAUGCAACUAUAUGGAAAGGGCUGCAACACCUCAGACCUGCAAUCUGAGGCAGAGAACGAGGACCUGCCAGAAAAAAGGAACAGGAAGCCAGUCCAUCGUCUCGGGGACUCAGAUGAUAGCGAAGAAGACCCGGGAAAUAGUGACCUCACAUCUCUGGGGUUGGCAAGCCAAUUGCACAGGCAGACUCCACCGUCUCGCCGAGUGCCAGCAAGAGUCAUGAGUACUUGUCAACUCGACUCCUCAACUGGAGAUAACUUUCUAGCACCUCACCAUGGGGAAGGACGCAUUCAUAUGCCUUCACCAGCACCUGCAUUAAACAUGCAGAGAGUUACACAAGGAACGGCAGUCCCUCCUCGACUCCCUCCACCCCCCUCACCAGCAGCCCUCAACAUGUGGCAGACAGAGGAGCCUGGAUCCAGCCUGGCCUACAGGCCAACAUGGCGAGGGGAAAGAAUGGCCGACAACAUUUCCUGCUCUGCGCCUGAGGUAAUCCACAUCCUUAGCCUGCUGGAAACUAUUAAGCACAACCAAGACCAGCUGAUUGCGAAGGUGCUGUGAGUAAAAAUGUGUUGACAAGGUCAGCCACGGACGCUGAGGUCACCAAACACGCCAUCAGGUGGUUCAACUUGGCGGGGGAUCGGGCAACGAGGAGACGUGUCCCGCUUCCACCUCCUCAGGAGGAAUAGAGAU